AAUAGAGUAAUUGUGUUUACAACAUUUUCGCAAACACAACUCGUGCAAUGCUUCGAUUCCUCAACAAAAAUUUCAUAACCCGAUCGGGCCCUCUAAUUCGGCCGAGCUGCCGAUGGUUGUCCGUCGAAACCACCGUCAUGAGCUUCGGCGACGACUCCCAGGGUGCACUGGGUCUCUACAACUCCUCGUUUGGGCUGGGCUCCGACGCCUACGAGCCCACUCGUGUACUGGGCCUUCCGCCUGAUAUUUGCGACGUCGCCGCCGGUCACUACCAUUCUCUCGCCGUUACUUCCAAGGGCCAUGUUUGGGCUUGGGGACGUAAUAACGAGUCACAGCUCGGCCGCAGCCCGCUUUCUCCUAGAGAGACAUGGAGUAAACCACAAAAGGUGGAAGGGCUGGAUAAGGUGAUGGUUCGAUCUGCGUUUGCAUCCGGUGUUGUAUCUGCUGCUAUUGGAGAUGAUGGUGCAUUGUGGGUGUGGGGGAAGUCGAAGCGUGGACAGCUAGGUCUUGGGAAAGAUGUCACCGAGGCUGUCUUACCGGCUAGGGUCGAAUCACUUCUUGGGCAUGAGGUAGUUAAGGUGAUCUUCUUACUAGUUAAGGUUUCACUCGGUUGGGGACAUGUUCUUGCACUGACUAAGGGUGGGAAAUUGUUCGGAUGGGGUUAUUAUGCCGAUUGCAGAUUAGGGAGGAUUGGUAGAUCUUUGGAGGCCUCACCGUUGGAUUCCGUUUCUGAAAAAGUAAUAUCGUCGAGUGAAAAUAAGAGUAUGAUGAUCGAGGCAGCUGAGAAGCUGGUUUCAGAAGCAAUGGAGAAGGAAACGGAUAUGCCUAUAAUCUGGGAGCCUACUUUGAUCGAAGAAGUCAGCGAUGCUGAAGUCGUGGAUAUCGCCUGUGGGCUUGAUCAUUCGUUAAUACUAUGUGGGGAUGGUACGCUUCUGAGUGGGGGGAGCAACGUGUAUGGCCAGCUAGGUCACGUGACGGGAUAUUCAGGAUUGCAUUCUGUCGACCUUGGCCUCCGGCCUAUCUGUGUAGCAUCGGGGCUCGGGCAUUCUUUAGCUAUCUGCAAUGCGGAAGAAGGGCCAAGUAUUGUUACAUGGGGGUGGAACCAAAGUUCUCAACUUGGGAGAGACGGCCCAGAGAAUGUGCCCCUCGUUGUAGACAUGCUUGGUGAAUUGCCAGUUUCUGUUUCCGGAGGACGGGUGCAUUCUAUUGCAGUGACAGAGAAGAGGGAGGUUUGGUCUUGGGGCUGUGGUAGAAAUGGCAGGCUCGGAUUGGGUAGCUCUGGUGAUGAAGCCGAACCUAUGUUGGUCGAAUAUUUGGAGGGCUGUGAUGUUUUGCAAGCUGUUGCAGGGUUUGAUCACAAUCUGGUUCUUGUUAGACCUACCUACGAAUCAUGAACCGGAACCGAACCGUGAGGUUGUUUCAUGGUUUCGGUUUCGGUAUCGGUUCGAAAACCGGGUGGUUUCGGUUCCGAACCACCGGUUUUCGGAUGGUUCGUAUCGGUUUAGGUUCGGUUUCGGAACUGUGAAACUGUCGGUUAACCGGCGGUUCUAAAAUUCACGGUUUCGGUUCGUGAUAUUUCUCGCGGUUUCGCUUUAAACGCCGGUUCGAUAAACCUUGGGCAGCUCUAGUUCUUGUCCGGGAAUGAUGUGAGAGAAGCCUCUACCGGCAUUUAUGCAUCAUUGUUCUAAUAAAUCUUUCGUUUGCUCUUGUAUAUUGCCAGUUACUCGUUUUAUGCAAUGGAUGAUCUUGAUAUUCUCUCAACGUUCAGGGCUAUCAUCGAGCUGCUUCUUGUCUUACCCGAGACUGGGAAGUCUGGAAACAAGUUCAACGCUAUCUCCAAACGAAGGUAAAAUUUAGCAUAUAAAGGGAAAUGCAAGUCGUAGUGUUGAAUUGUUGAUGGAAAUUUGACUCGAGUUGCUGGGAUGAAGAGUACUUACCUCUGUUCGAUAUUUUCCGAUCGGUAAAAUCGAGUGGUGCAGAUGAUGCUGAUAUUGGAGCGGUAGAGGAACGGAGGGAGUAAUAAAUAGUUAGAGUGGAUAGAGCGUAAAAUAAGAGAGAGAAUAAUGUACAGAAAACUCUCAUUUAUGUUAUUCUCUCUCUUACUUUAUCCUAUCUCCACUUUAUCUAUUUAUUACUACCUCCGUUUUUUUAAAAUAGGGAGGUUUGAAACGACACGGGUUUUAAUGCACAAUUUGGUAAAUUAAGAGAGAGAGGGAGAAAAGUUGGUAAAGUAAGAGAGAUGAAGAGAAAAAAGUAAUGGAAUUAAUGUUAGUGAAUGAUGGGGUCCACUUUAAGGUGUUAUUUGUAAUGAUAUAAGUGGUAAAUAAAUUAAUGUAUAAGGGGUGUAAAGAUUUCCUAAAAUAGAAAGUUUGAACGUUGUUAUUUUUAAA